AUGAGCUCCAGCCAGGCGGGACGUGUGAGUUUAUUCCUCACGGUUACUGAUGUUCGGAUGAAAUGGAUGCACCUGCAGGAUAUUCUAACUCCCAAAGACCGAUGCAAUGACUAUGAAACGGUCUUUGAGUAUCCAGUGCAAGUUGAUGUGGAGGAAGUUAUCUCUGGUGAAGGAAGAAAGAAUAUCAUAAUAUUUGGAGGAACAGGAGCGGGGAAAAGCUCCCUUGCCAACCUAAUUGCCGGCAGAAACAUUGCCGAUACGUCUAGCAGAGCUCAUGGUUGUACCAUGGAGUCUCGCAGCUACGACAUCAAAAUUGAAGCGAAUAACUUACAACUGUUCGACACUAUGGGUCUGAAUGGGCCCGAAAUUCAGGGAAAUGAGCAUCUGGAAGCCAUCGCCAAGGCAUACGACCUUAUUGAUCGCCUCGGGAACUCUGGCGGCAUUCAACUGUUGGUUUUCUGUAUACGUGGGGGUAGAAUCACGAAGACCAUACAUCAGAAUUGGAGGCUUUUCGAUGAUGUCUUAUGUGAUAAGGGAGUCCCUACUGUGAUGGUCAUCACUGGCCUUGAACACGCGGAUCCUAUGGAACGAUGGUGGACGGACAAUCAUUUGCAUUUCAAGCCUUAUGGUAUAACUGCUGUUGGACAGGCAUGCGUCACUGCGAUACCUGACCUUGACAGGCUGUACGAGGAGAAGUUAAACAUUUUGAAGCUGAAGGUGCGGGAAUUGCUGUUGAGGCAUUGUGAGGAUUUGGGAUAUAACGUAGGAAGACACAACUGGUUUGUACGAGUUGCGAAGUUUAUUCGGAGCUUAAGUUCACAUCCCCCAUCGCGGAACGACAUGCAAAACGCGUUGGUGAAGAAAUGUGGACUGUCGAAAAUUGAUGCAGCCAGGGUUGAAGAAAAGUAG